UAUUUUGGGGUGGACUCGUUCUAGCAAUUAAAAACACAACCCUCACAAAGCCUCUCUUUUUCAAGAAAUUUUUAAGAAACCCUUAUAAAAAAAAUUAAAGGUAAUGUUUAUCACAACAAUGUGUUUAUCAAUGUCAAUGGCCAAUUCUUUGGCUUUAAACUUUACAGUAAUAUGCAUGCACAAAGACAGUAUAAUAAACAGUAACCUAACUACAGGCGAAGAUUCAACACAAAAAGUUUCUCGUCCAAUGUUCAACAGCGCUGAACAAGCACUCCUCUUCUCGUCUGUCCCUGUUGGAACUUUAUUGGGAACAUUGCCUAUUACACCUUUAACUUCUCGUUUUGGAAUGAGAAAAACAUUUGUUUUCUACGGGUUAAUUUCAAGUUUUGCAACUUUAUUUACUCCACUUGCUGUUAAAUUAGAUUUUGGAUUUUUAUUAAUUAUGCGUGUAUUACAGGGUAUUGCUGUCUCUAUAUGUUUUCCAGCUAGUGGUUCAAUAAUCGCUGAUUGGAGCCCUCUUCGAACUGCAGGCACUUUUAUUGCUUUUCUCUCCUGCCAUAUUCAAUUUGGCCCUAUUUUAACUAUGCCGUUGGCUGGGAAAUUGUGUGAAUCGAGUUGGGGAUGGCCAGCUUCAAUGCUAACAGCCCUUGUUUUUGGAGCAUUCUUCACUUUCUACAGAGACUCCCCACGAAUACACAGAAAUGUUUCGCGCAAAGAACUUUGUAAAAUAGAAAAAGGAAAGCCCCCAUCAGAGGCCGGGCCAGUUGCUCGUAAUGGGGAAAUCCCAUAUGCUGCUAUGUUUCGUGAUCCAGCAGUCUGGGCAAUUUUCUUUUGUGCUAUGGGAUCUACUUUUGGUUUUCACAUUUUUAUGCAAUAUGGGCCUGUUUAUUUAAAUCAAAUUAUUAAAUUUGACGUUCAACGCACAGGAUUUGCAAUGGCACUUCCUUGUAUUUUAUCUGUACUUGUUAAACUUGUUGUUGGUUCACUUAGCGAUAGGGCUAGGUUGGAAAUUAUUUUAAGAAAAUAA